AUGGCAACGAUGAUGGAGAAGAAGGAGCAAGUGGCCACGUGGAACGGUGACCCUACCACGUGGCUGGAAUACGUGAAACGGGUCCGCUUGCAGUUUGAGCGAACAGAGAAGAAGAGGAGGUGCUUGUUGGGUGCAGAGCUUGCUUCGAGGCUCACGGGCCGAGCAUGGGACAUCGUCAGCGCUGAGGUCGAUCAUUCUCAGUUGCAGAAGCGUGAUGGUGCUGCAUAUUUGCUUCGUUUUCUGGAAGAGCGUUUGUGCAAGGCACCUGUCCCGGAUACAGGCCAGAGGCUGGAAGACUUCUUUCUUCGCCUGAGGCGAACACCUGGUUCGUCCAUGGCAGAGUGGGCAACCCAGGUGAGAGAAAGUUACCGUCGACUUCAGCGAGCUAUGGCACGACAGCGAAAAGACUUGGCAGACCGUGAUGGUCAGUUGAGAGAGCGUGCAAUGUUUUCGACUCACUCCAACCCAGGUCAUCGUCGACAGUCGGAUGUCACUACACCCAAAGCCCCUACAGCUUCAGUUGAGAGCGCAAGUCCUGGAUUUCCGGCCACCGAUUCUGGAAACGGCCAGACCGACAGGCCUGAUGAUCCAAGGGAGACAGAUGAGCCCGACCGAGGUGCCUAUGAGCGUGUUCCCACACAAGACCCUGGCUCCGAUGCAGGCAAUGAUUGGUGGACCCAGGAGGAGUGGGACACGUGGCGGCGCAGAAACCGCCAUUGGCGUCGAGACGAUGCCAUGUCAUGGACAGCUUGGGAGGAGGAUGAAGAGGAGGAUCCGGUGAUUGAGUGGGAACAAUUUGAUUUGGGCUCCGAGCGCAUUUUACCGGAUGAGAUCCUUGGUUGGAUCCUUUUGCGCAGGAGCGGCCGUCCAGCAAAUGCUAGGAUGCACAUUGGGGCUUGUUGUCAGAAGUUGACAUUGAAGAUGUUGAUGACAAUGUGUUUUGGGUUGGCGAACGACUUCCCCCCUGAUGUUUACAGUGCUCCUGCUGAUGAAAGCAGUGCUUGGUCGACUUGGCUCCCUGAUGGCCAAGAGCUGAGUUGGGAAUGGCAUGAAGAUGAUUUCUAUGCCUCGGAUGCUGCAGGAAUCUUUUGGUCCUGGUCAGAGACCAAGACCUGGUUGGAUAUGUGCGAUGCUCCGACCUCAGAUGGAGAUCCGCUGCAAGAGGCCUAUGCGGCCUUUCAAGAUCGCUUUCGAACAUUCAAGGAGAGCCGAGCACUCAAUUCAGCAAAACAUUUGUCCAGAGGUUUUUACCCCCUUGGUCAAAUGAAGGGUAAGUUCAUGCAAGCCAAAGGAAAAGGGAAAGGAAAGUCUAAGACCAAGAAUCCCCCCAACAGUUCUUUGGCCACCAGCACGGCUGCACUCUACGCUGGAGGGGCGAAAGGAGCUCCAUCAGGGCAGAAGCCUGGCAGUCCGACCUACAAAGGUUGCUUUGUUUGUGGUUCUCAGGACCACGACUUUAGGCGCUGCCCCAAGAGACAGAGUUCUUCCAGCACAGGAGCUCCGGCCCGAUCUCUCUAUGCUGCAGCGGUGUUCAUGGUCAGUUCUGAGCAAGCUGACGAGAUUGCUGAUGUGACCUUUCCCACCGGAGAUGUUCUUGCGACUUUGGCUGCCCAAUUUCCUGGCCACGCAGUGCUGGACUCCGGCGCGACGGAAUCGAUCGCUAGCUUGGAGGCAAUGCAUGAGGUCAUGGAGUUGCGAGCCUCGAUCCACGGUCCUGAGCAUUUUGUAGUGCAUGCUCAACAGAAACGUUUCCGUUUUGGAAACGGGAGCAUCCAGAACGCAGUGUCUUUUGUAGAGCUUCCCCAGAUAGUGGCAGGAAAGCAUGUGAAGCUGGGCGUUCACGCCCUGGAUGCACCGGGCAUUCCUUUGUUGCUGUCAGUCAAGACACUGACGACCCUCCGUGCUGUGAUAGAUUUUGAUGAAGGCCUGAUCUGUUUCAAGGAGGUAGAUCCUUCAGUUUGGAUCAAGCUGAAACGAGCAUCCAAUGGCCAUUUACUUUUGGACCUCACCAAAGACUGGCUCUCUGACCGGCCAGAUUCAUGUCUCACGGUGCACGACUUGCACGACUCUGAGCUCAAGCAUGCGGUGCGCUUUGCCAUUUGUGGUAGCUGCUACCGUGCUUUCUUCGACAACCUCUCCUCCAAGCUCUUCGACUCCAAGCUCGCUUUGGCCACGACUCCGGUUCCAAAGACGACCACGAAGAAGAAGGGCACCAGGGUGCCGACACCGGAGAAGUACGACGUGAGCCGCAGGGAAGGUCCCGACGGCCGGGACAGCCGGGCACAAGGAUUUCCUUGCUAUGGAAACCACACUCCGAUGCCCGAGGGGCGUGGGAGCCUGUCAGGCAGAAAUGGCCAUGGCAAAUGGACAGUGUGCACUCUAUGUCGGCUCCGGAUCGAGUACGUGCCGGCGUACGGUGCAAAAGGGUGUUAUCGCCAGCCCGGACCCCUUGCUCCAGAUGUGACGACCGUCAUGGAGCAGGUGAAGGACGACAUCAAGGACAAACCAGAAGUCCGGGAGAACCUGAACAUGAAGAUGGCGAGCACUCUUGGAGCAGAAGCUUCCCUUCGAAAGAAGCUGGAAGUCCUCGAGAACGACAAGCACGAGCUCGACCGGAAGCGGUCAAGAAUCCGAGGAACAGGAGACAGCGGAGUGGGAGAAAGUGACACCAUCUCCCGAAAAGCCGUGAGACACCACAUCACCGACGAGACCUACGAUACUGAAGAUCCCUUCGGCCAGAUCUAUGGAAAGCUGACUCCACUGCAGCAGGAAAGCCUCAUGACCUCAGCCGACCACUAUCAACAAGAGGCAGAGGAGACCUUUGAAGUGCUCUUCAACACGUCGUCUCAGGUAGACUUGAUGGAAGUGCGUUGCCCUCCUGACAGUCGCUUGUCUCAGACAUUCCUGGACAACAACCGCAAGGCGAUCCGAGUUGGCCUGCCGGCCCAUGACCUGUCCAACUCCAAGGACACUGAGGAGAUCAUCGCCAUGAUCCAUGACUUGAGACCCAAGAUGAUGUGGAUCUCUCUUCCUUGCGGACCUUACUCUCCUAUUCAGCACAUCUUCAACCAGGCAACUCCGGAGCAAGAAGCAGCACUGCUUCUGAAGAAGAAGAGAUCUCGGAAGCUCACUCGCAAUGCCCUUCGCCUGGUGAAGACACAGCUUGAAGAAGGAGGACAUGUAUGUUGGGAAUGGCCUCAAAACAACGGUGGCUGGCGACUUCCCGAGCUCAAGGUCCUCUAUGAUCUGAUGAACCAGUUCAAGGAGACGCACCAUGCCCACAUCCAUGGCUGCGCCUUCGGCGUGAAGAAUGCAGUGGGUAUGCCUUUGAAGAAACCAUGGAAGGUGGUUUGCACUUCACCCUCUAUGGCAGCUGCGCUGACUCGCCGAUGUCCUGGAAACCGCGAGCAUGCCGAAUGCAUUGGUGGGCAAGAUGCUCGAAACUCGGGCUUCUAUCCAGAAGCCAUGCGCCGGACUAUCUUUCGCACGGUCCAGUCUAUGAACCACUCUCUGGAUGGUGGAGCCUUUGCCGAGUCCUUUCCCAUCUUCGAUGACACCCUGAUGGAGGAUGAGAAGGAGCUCAACUUAGAGAAACCUUUGAGCGACAGUGAACGAAAGAUGGCCAUGCAGACUCUGGCCAAGCUACACCGACGCACCGGGCAUCCCUCCAAUCAUGCCCUAUCUGGUUGCCUCAAACAUCGUGGAGCUCACCAUGAGGUGAUUGAGAUGGCAAAGAAAUAUCAAUGUCCAGAAUGUCAAGAGCUUCGGCUAGCUGAGUUGAACCCUUCUGGAGCUCUUCAGCGGUCCGACACUUUGUGGGAAACACUGGUUCUGGACAAUGCUGAGAUGACCGUCGACAACCAGGUCAUCCAUUGCAUGAUUAUGAUGGACGAGGCCUCACGCCUUGUUUGCCCUCACUACCUCUUCCAGCAUGAGAAAACGGUGAGCCGAAACUGCACAGGCUUUGAAGCUAUGCAGGCCAUUGAGGAGACCUGGAUCAGGCACUAUGGCAAUCCAGCCGCCAUCCGGCUGGACCCUGAGGGCGCCUUCAAGUCCUCAGAAUUGGCGCAAUGGGCUGCUGAGAGAGGCAUUGAAGUUUUGCCAUGCGCUGCUGAAGCUCGUCAGCAGAUCAGCGUGGUUGAGAGGAUGAUUCAAACGGUGAAGAACACCGUCAAGCAGCUGCUCCAGUCCGGAGAGUUUGAUGCAUGGUCAGCAAUCAUCCAUGCAUGCCGCAGUCACAAUGAAGGUGAACGCAUUGAGGGGUUCACUCCCUUCCAGUGGGCCUUCGGACGAAUGCCUACUUUGAGCGGAAGCUUCCAUGAAAAGUCGCCCGACCUCCCUUUCUGGACGUCUUCAGGUGUUCCUGGAAGCGCUAUGGCCGUGAACCUCAAACAGCGAGUGAUGGCACAGAAUGUCUUCAUGAAGAACCAGGCCUUCGACCAGAUCACCCGAGCGGCCAAUGCAAAGACCCGCCGACACCAGAUCUUCUUACCUGGUGACCUAGUCUUUUUCAAGAGAAUCAAACCUCCUGCUCAACCACAGGCAUCAGUCAGGAUGGCUCACAAGCUGUGGCGCUGGUAUGGUCCAGCCCGUGUCUUGGCCUCUGAAACCAGGACCGAUGCUCAUGGUGCUGAACGGAAGCCUUCCCACAUCGUGUGGAUUGUGUCACACGGCAGGCUGAAACGGUGUGCUCCUGAACAACUUCGGCACGCCUCAGAACGAGAAAAGACCCUGGCAGAGCAUGCAGACUCACCUACGGCCUCAUGGACUUUCCAUGGACUCACCAAGACGCUCUACAAGGGUGAAUAUGAGAUUUUGGACAAGAACGUCUUCCCGGAAGACCUGGAUGCACAAGGGCCACCCCGGGAACGAAGAGUCAGCCUGUCCAGAUUGGCACGAGAUCCAAGAUACACACCCGAGCCAGUGCCAAAACCCAGAACUGUUCCAGAACUCUUUGAGCAGCCUAUCUUCAAGAAGCAACGACGCCUACACCAAGGCGAAGAUGAGGCGAUGAUGGUCAGUGACACUAUGACCACGCCCAUGGAGGAUUUGGCUGACUACGCCUGCGUUCUCUACCUGGACUUGCCAAGCAAAGCCAAUGAGUGGAGAAAGAUGCGACGAACACCCAUCAACUACUUCGUGAAGAAGGUGCGUGGAGCAGAAAUCCAAAGGCACAAACUUGAUCCCACCGAGAAGAAGAAAUUCAUGGAGGCAAAACACUUGGAGGUGCAGCAAUGGCUCACUGCCUCAGCCGUGAAGCGCAUCACAGGGGACGUGAAGUCAGCCUUCUUGCAAGGCGACCCGGAUGAAGCAGAUAGAGCUCUCUAUGCUCGCCCGGUUCCAGAGCUGGCUGAAGCCCUCCACAUGAAGGAGAAUGAGGUGGUCCAGGUCCUCAAGUCCUGCUACGGCCUGGUGAACGCACCUGCUAACUGGUACUUGUGCAUCAGACGCACUCUUGCUGAGCUGAACUUCACACAGAGCCGCAGUGACCCAUGUCUCUGGUUCUACUACAUGGAGACUGGCGACCCCGAGCGACCCAAAGAGCUGGCUGGCUACAUUUGCUCUCACGUUGAUGAUUUUAUCAUCAGCGGCAAUGAAGAGUGUGAACAAUGGGUUGAAGCACUACAGGCAUUCCACGGCAGGUUUCGAUGGUCACCAUGGGAACACCAGAAUUUCCUGCACUGUGGCAUUCGCAUUCGUGAAGAGCCUGACAGCAGCUUCACUCUCGAUCACUCAGCCUAUUGUGAGGCCAUUGAGCAGAUCACCUACACCACCAAGAAUGAGCAUGAGCCUUUGACCAAAGACGAGAUGUCUCAGCUUCGGGGAGCACUCGGUGCACUUCAGUGGCGGGCGCAACAGACCGCGCCUCACCUGAUGGCCCGACUGGGUCAGCUGCAGAGCUCCAUCACCAAAGCCAACAUUGAGACCAUCAAGGCCACCAACAAGCUGAUUCGUGAGAACUUCCAGCAUCGCUACUUGUCGGCACGAAUUAAUCAGCUGGGUGUGGAGGAUCCCCGAUCGGUUCACUUCGUGGCAUGGAGCGACGCAGCUCUCGCAAAUCGCAUCGACCUCAGCUCUACUGGAGGAUUCCUCAUAGCGGCUACUUCGGAGAAGAUGUUGCUUGGUGAGCGUGCUCCUUUGACGCUAGUCUCUUGGCGUUCCAGCCGCUUAGCUCGAAAGGCCAGAAGCAGCUUGGCAGCAGAGACCCAGGCUAUGAGCGAGGCAGAUCAAGAGCUCCUUUUUGUGCGACUAGCCUGGGCAGAGUUUUGUGCUUUUGAAGUUGAUUUGAAAGCCAGCGAGAAGGCAAUCUCGCAAAUCCCCGGAACAGUUGUCACAGAUGCAAAAGCACUUUUUGACAUUUUGUUGAAGAGUGAUCUCAAUUCGGCCGCGGCAGGGUUGCGUGAUAAAUAUUCCGCAUUGGAGGUGCUUUGCCUGCUUGAAUCCUUGGCAAAGCUAGGAACCAAGGCUCGCUGGGUGCAUAGUGACCAACAGCUUGCCGACCAUUUGACCAAACCCCUUCCGGCCGGAACACUCCAUAAGGUCCUCAGUGAAG